UUAGUGUACUAAUUGCUCGCUAUAAGCUAGGUUAUUGCGCCCCUAAACCAACGUACUGACAACGCUACCUCCCCGGAACUCAAACUUUAACAUUGUCUUGUGUGAUGAGUGUAACCAAGGUACUUCCUCUUCAUCACAAUCAAGAACACAUGGAGGGGUGCAUUGAUGUUCUGGGAGAAGAAUGGAAGAGGAGUAGAGCUGCCAGGCGCUACACCCUGGAGAAAUCAUGUGAUCGUUAUCCAAAUCUUGUGUUCCUCAAAGAUAAGGAAGUUGUUGGCCACAGUAAGCUGAGUCAAGUUGUUGGGAGAGAUGAUGCUUGCUUUGUCGAAUCAGUUGUUGUCGCAAAGAAACUCCGUGGCCUUGGCCAUGGGAGCGACCUGAUGGCCAAGACUGAAGAAUAUGCAAGAAGAAUUGGAAUGAAGACCAUCUACCUGACCACCCAUGACAAGGAAGGGUUCUAUGAGAGGGUUGGAUAUUCCUUCUGUGAACCAGUCUUCACGUGCUCCUGUAAAGCAGACUUCAUGAACAAUUUUAAGAUCAGCUCCAUGCUGCAGAAGUUGGCUCUGUCGCAAUCAAAGUCUUCCAACAAUACAUCUAAAUCAACAAAUCUUCCUGAACGUGGUCUAAGAUCUGACAAAACAUCACCGACACCUACAGCCAAUUCUGUCCCAAUCCCUCCUGCCCCUGCUCCUCCCCCUCCACCACCUCCAGCUGUUAAAAUGGGAGAAACAGAACCUCGGGGGAACAUCUCAUGGAUGAAAAAAGAAUUGGUGGUGUGAUUUGGUGAAAUGAACACUUACAUUCACAUUUAGAUCUCAUCUACUUGUAUAAUCAUAACAAUGGACUGUGUUUGUUCUUUUAGGAGGUUAUCCUGUUGCUGGGCAUACAUUGUGCACACAGUCUUAAUAGAGCUUGCCGUUGCGUGGCUUAUCUUUGUCGGAUGGGCAUUCACUUUUUAUAUCGUCCUCUUUACAAACUGAGCUGGGUGUAUUUACACACUCAUAUUGGUGCUGGUCUGUAAGUUAUUCUGUUUUGAAAUCAAAUAAAUAUAUUAGU